AUGAGUUCAAUCAACGACGAAGGUGCUGGUGUCGAGCACACUCUGGAGGACGUUCUUCGAGUCAUCCCGAAGAGUGUCAUUGACUCUCUCUCUCCAGCGUCAGGUUGUCAGUGGACUCUGAGCAAGGAAGGACCGAAUAAAUACCGCAUCUCCUUCAGAACCUGGCAAGUCAACAGUUGGGUCGAGGUGGCUUCUCACGAUGUGUCUACGGUGAUCUCCGUCGCUGAGAUUUACGACAAGUUUCCUGUCCAUCGAGCCCGUACCUCCCAGAUGCAACAAACUCUACCACACAUGCAGCAUUUGGCUUACCAACCGGCCGCUCCUGCUCAAGACACCUAUGACCAGCCCAGCGAUAUCGAUCAGAACGAAGAGUCAAGCGAUAUUGCGGCCAGUUCUAGUGACUGUGCAACUCAAAUCUCGCACUUCGAUGAAGGACAAGUAUUCGCGCAAUCAAGGCCCAAUCCCCGACAGUACCAUGAAAUUGAUUGUCAGGUGUUACCAAGUUCUGGCCAACCAGCAUAUUCGCCAAACGAUGCUUUGAACACGAUAACCAACGUUCGCGAUGAGAACAACUUUCUGUUCCACCCUCAAGCUGCCAUCGCGGCCAACCAUAUAUUGGAUUCUUCAACUCAAAACCACGUCAGCGAGUCAUUCCCACAGAAUAUGGACAGCAAUGGUGGAGGUCAUCUUCAUCGAGGUUUUGAUCACUCUCAAAACAUGGCCCUCGAGAAUAAUCUCGAGGAGACAAUAUUUCCUGUAGGUACCUGGAACGAAAGUAUCAGCCCCUCUUUGUCCGACCAAGAUGAGGUUUUACUUGGCUCUGGCCAGGCACCCAACGUCACCUUCGGACAUGAGACUGCUUUUCAAGACUUAAAUUUCAUGCAAGAUGACAUGAUUGAUGAGAGCCUCUUGAGUCCACACCAAGGCCAACCGAAUCCAUUCAGCAAUCACGUCUUGUUCAACUCGAGCCAAGCCAAUACAGGAGUUCCAUCACUGUUGGAGGAUAACACUUUCUUCUUCAUCAACAAUCAUGGAUUGGCGAUGUCUGUUGAGGAUCACAGCUUGCUUCAAGGAACAACUGUGUCAAAUGACAUGGAGUACACUGCAGGCGUUUCGUCACAACAAGACAUCCAGGAGCAAUCCAGAAAAGAGCGGUAA